CUGCCACUCCCGCGAGGAACAGAAUUGGAAGGGACAUCAGGCAGGAAAGAACUUGGUCACCCUUCCCAUCCCGUCCAUCUCCCGGAUCCAGGAGCGUCGGGCUCCACCCUCCCAGGUCCUGUCCCCACACCUGAUGUUUGGGCGUGCCUCAGUUUCCCAGUAGCAGGGCGUUCCGCCAGCCCCGCUCCUCCCCUUUUUCCUCUUCCUCUUCGAGGCGUCGGUGGCCGCGCCUGGAGCUCCCGGAACUAAAAGCAGACCACGGGCGGUGGGCCGACGGGGGCCACGUCAGCGGGUGGCGGACUGUGAGGGCACCAUGCGGCGGGGCGCGCUCCUGGCCAGUGCCCUGGUCGCCUACGCCGGGUACCUGGCGCUGGGCGCGCUGCUGGUGGCUCAGCUGGAGCGGCCGCACGAAGCCCGACUGCGGGCAGAGCUGGGGGCGCUGCGGGAGCAGCUGCUGCAGCACAGCCCGUGCGUGGCGGCGCCAGCCCUGGACGCCUUCGUGGAGCGGGUACUGGCGGCCGGACGGCUGGGACGGGCGGUGCUGGCCAAUACCUCGGGACCCGCCAACGCUUCAGACCCCGCCUGGGACUUCGCCUCAGCGCUCUUCUUCGCCAGCACACUAGUCACUACCGUGGGCUAUGGCUACACGACCCCGCUGACAGAUGCGGGCAAAGCCUUCUCAAUUGUCUUUGCGCUCCUGGGUGUGCCCACCACCAUGCUGCUCCUGACUGCCUCGGCCCAGCGCCUGUCACUGCUGCUUACCCAUGCACCCCUGUCCUGGCUGAGCUUGCGUUGGGGCUGGCACCCCCAGCGGGCAGCCCGCUGGCACCUGGUGGCCCUGCUGGUGGUCAUAGUGGCUGUCUUCUUCCUGGUGCCAGCUGCGGUUUUCGCCUACCUGGAGGAGGCCUGGAGCUUCCUGGAUGCCUUCUACUUCUGCUUCAUCUCUCUGUCCACCAUUGGCCUGGGGGACUAUGUGCCUGGGGAAGCCCCUGGCCAACCUUACCGGGCCCUCUACAAGGUUCUUGUCACAGCAUACCUUUUCCUGGGCCUGGUUGCCAUGGUGCUGGUGCUGCAGACUUUCCACAAUGUGUCUGACCUCCAUGGCCUCACCGAACUCAUCUUGCUGCCCAGUCCGGACCCUGCCAACUUCAGUCCGGAUGAGGAUGACCAGGUGAACAUUCUGGACACCCAGACAGAUCUGCACCAGCACCUCUCAUCUGGCUCCCACGCUAACUAUGCCUCCAUCCCCAGGUAGCUGGGUAGGUGCUCUCAACAUGGAUACACCUGGCCAGGGCUUUGGACCCCAUGUGUCUAGAGUGAACCAACAAGAGGGCCCUCGCACGCUCUCCUGACUCUCAAGGCCCUCCGCUGGGAGCAGAGGAGUAGCUGCUCUGCGCCCAUGUCCUCAGCUGCUCAGGGAACCACCACAGCCGCUUUCUCUUCCUUCCUCUUCUCUCAUUUCUUCACAUACUCGGACCCCUUGAGCCUUCUGACUUAGUUGGUGAGAGCGGUGCUUUAACGUGUCUUGUUCUUUUCUUAUGUCUCGUUCUCUCCUGUCGCAUCAUUCACACCUCAGCUGCCGGUUCUUCCGGGCCCUGGGCCUGGGCUUCACUUCAGCCACUGCGUUAGUGGCUCUGUCUUGGUCAAGUGAUUUCCCCGUUCUAAACUCUGAUCUCCUCUGCUAUCUGAUGCAAAGAAUAUCAGACUGGUUCGCAGCCCUCACUUCUGCCCUUCUACUGGUUCUGUGCCAGGCACAUAGCAGCAGAAUAACAGUAGAAGUGGCUUGGGCUCUGUUCUUUCUGUUGUUUUGUUUUGUUUUGUUUUUCGAGGCAGGGUUUCUCUGUAGCUUUGGAGCCUGUCCUGGAACUAGCUCUUGUAGACCAGGCUGGUCUUGAACUCACAGAGAUCCAUCUGUCUCUGCCUCCCGAGUGCUGGGAUUAAAGGCAUGGGCCACCACUGCCUGGCCUUGGGCCAUGUUCUUACAGGGCUCACCAACUAGUGAGGUAGACUCACCUACUGGUCCUUUGCCCAGGCUCUGGAAGAGACAGAGUAGUUAGGAUUGAGGAAAGGAUCUGAAAUGUCCAGGUGGACUUCCUAGAAGAAGGGACAAGAGCUAACCCAAGACCUGCCAGUCAAGAGAAGAAAUUGUCCCUUCUUUUCAGGUGUCUACGGCUCAUAGUACUUGUGGAAAGAGGCCUGGGAUGGGCCAGCAUCUCCCUCAGUGGCGUGGCAGGCAAGGAACUGAUCCAGGAUAUGAACCCAGAUUCAAGGAGCAUGGGAGGUGUCACUUAAUAUAGUCCAUGGUGAUGCUGUAUCUGUUUACUGAGCACUAAUGGAUGGCCCUGUGUUCUGAGCCAGUUUUCCUGGGUGUACCCUGUAACAGGGCUGUACCCUGCCCGUGCAUUUGAACAGGUGCUCUACCUCUGGGUUCUGUGUUUGCUAAAUGCUGAUCAUAAUAAUACUAUUCCAAAAGACGACGUCAGCCGAAGACGUCAGCCAGGUGUAGUAGCACGUGCCUGUAAUCUAAGCUGAAGCAGGAGGCUUGAGAUUUCCAGGCCAGGCUGGGCUACACAGCUGGAAUGAGGUAUUAAAAUAAUAAUAAUAAUAAAGAUAACAGUAACAAUCAAUACAUAUAAGCAAAGGGUUAUAGUGCCAGGCCAAAGAUACCAGAGAAGGCUGUAGCCCACACACCCUCAUGGCUGGGACUUACUGUAUUUAUACAUUUAUAUCACUUAGAAAGGGUUUCACUGUAACAAACCCUUGACUGGCACUGUCUGAGUUAACCUAAUUGUUACAUUGUAAUUGGACAGAGCACACAGAGUACACAGAGUGCCCACAGGGUGGGGUUUGGGUGGGUGCGAAUCAGGGCCAUGAUGCUCUCCACAGUUUUGAAGGGUCUACUGGCCCUGGAUUCAGCCUCUUUCUUCUGUUUCUCUCCACUGAAGGCUUAGCUCCCAUGUGUGCUCUCCCCCUGGUGUCCAAAUGGCCGUCACAAACCUAGACAAGCUCUUUCUAGGGCAUGCCAUAGAAACUUCAACCAGAGUCCUGAACUUUAAGGAAGGCUAGCUCAUCCGCAAAUCAUGCUAGAAAGUCUGUCGUUGUCCGAGAGAAGCCCGGACCAUAAAUUAUCUCUCAGACCAGCGUGGAGGUGUAGGAUUAAUUGAGGCACAACUCAAAUGGCUUUAUCUGGAGGGAGUUUUCAGGGAUCCCUCAUGAAAUCCCAAGUUCACAUCCUGAAAAUUCACCCAGGUUUAUUCUCCAAACAGCUUUUAUACCCAAAUGUAAACUGAGGGGGAAAAUUUAUUAGCAUUCUGUUUCCUAGGUAGCCGGGAGAAUUACUGUGGUCACGUCCACACCUUUCUAUGCCCAUUUUGUCACAUCUUCCUAUCUAUGUCUGCUCUGUCAUGUAGACUGAAUUAACACCUCUUUCCCAGGCGACCUCCCAAAUUACCAAAAGUUAGCAGCGUGACAUUGCCAGAUCCUGACCCUUUGUUUAGGAUGGCAUCAGUUUGUCUGGAAAGGCUAGGUGACCAAUGGUGUGGGAGAAUUGUCUGUAUUCUGUCAAUCAUAUUUUAAUAAAACGCUGAUUGGCCAGGCAGGCAGUAUAGGCGGGAAAGCCAGACAGGAAGUAGAG